UUUUUUUUUUCCUCCGGGAACAUUAUUUAUGAGCUUUAAUGCUUUAUGGGUCCAUAUGAAAUCACACAGUUUAAGUCUUAAAUACAAGAGGCUUCCAUGGUAACAUCAAGUAAAACAUAUGUUAUUUUGUCUGGGGAGGUCGGACCCAAAUGCAGGACACAAGACGAAAUGGAAAACACAAAUCAGAUGGAAGGCAAAAACCAAGAUACAUGGAACAAGGGGGCUCGAACACUCGGAAACAAAUGGGUCAAAGUCAACAGAGAACUUGACAAAACACGAAGAGAAAGAAGAGGCACUCAUGGGCUGAGAGGUUGAGGAGACACAAGUGUGACUCACACAAGGAGAAAGCAAUUAAACAAUCAGAGGGAAGACACAAACAGGAAGUAAAGCAAGACAAGAAACACCAAGAAGAUUACAAAAUAAAAACAGCAAGGGUCACAGAAAAUAUUCAAAAAGUCAAUAAAAUGACAACAUGCCAGUCUGAUUAUACCAACAUCACAGGGCAGAGUGUUACAAGGAACACAUUAGUGUGAUAUAUUGUAAUAAUGGGAAUGGAAACAUUAUCCAAGUUGCCAGAUAAGCGUGUCAACACACUGUAAAAAGCCUCCGGAGCUAUCUUCAGCCUCUGGAGUAAGUGAACAGGCACGAAAGUGAUUUUUAUGUUCGGGACUCACAAGAACAUGUGCUCCCUCCUUCCUUCCUCCCCUGCUCAUGCUUCUUUCCACUGACGCCAAACCCCGAGGACGGCCUUCCCUUCAUCGAGGGGCCAAUAGCGGCGCGCCGAGCAGGCGAGCCUUCCAGAGCCGACCCACCUGAUUUGCCUGCGACAGCAAACUCCAGUCCGGUCAAGUGACAGCGCAGCCAACUACGAAGCCUUUGAGAGAGAGAGGGAGAGAGAGAGAGGAGGGGGGCGUGCGUGUGUACGAGAGAGAGUGUGUGGAGGCUUACGGCUAUGCAAAGACCGUGUGGUGUACUUACAUUGCCAUUACGCACUAUUACGCACGGACACCUACUUCCACGAGAGGAGCGAUCAGCGUAAAGGAGCGGGAUUUGGGAUUCCUCAGACAUACAGGAAGAAGAAAAACUUUUUCAUUAAGCUUCAGAGCAGCUUGAUCUUCAGAGCAGAGCAGAGUCAGCUGCCAUCCCUCUGCCCAGGAAUGGUGGAUCACUUGCCGCUUGGUGAGGAGACCUUCCUGUAUUACAGCGGCUCCCCGGGGCCUGACUACAGCUGCCUAUGUCGCCACACCAAUGGUAGCAUGUCUCUGGGCGUCAUGGUGGCUGACACAUGCACUUACCACCAUCACCACCACCAUCACCACCACCCCUACCACCAAGGGGUGGCCCUCUCCCCCUCGCCUCGGCUCUCGGAGGACGACCUCAGCGACUCUUCAAGCCCUCGUUCGUCCCUCUGCUCCAGCCCGGAGUCCUUGUCGCCGACGUCGCGCCACGUCCUCGGGUCCAGCUGUGAAAGCAGGAGCAGCAGAAGCAGUGGCAGCAGCAGCAGCUCCUCUGGAGGAGAGAGUCAGGACAGCCUUCUGGAUCUCCUGCUCUCCCAGGCCUCCCUUACCACCUCAUUAAGCUCUAAUGCCGGCAGCACCUGCCACUCUUCUCCCCAUCUAUCCUCUCUCUGCGUCUCAUCCCCACCCUCCUCUACCUCCUCGUCUUCCACUGCCCCCUUGUUACCCAUGGGCCUUGCUUGGGAGUCCAAGAGGGAACAGCGGCUGAGUCUCCUCCAGCAGCAGACCAAAGAGGAAGGUUACGAGUUCCCAGUCUUUCUCGACGAGCUGCAGGAUCCCGCGGCGCUCCUCUUUCAGCCCACUCUGGAGGAGAUCGAGGAGUUCCUAGAGGAGAACAUGGUGGUGGCGAUGGAGAAGGACGAGGAGGGAAGCGACGAGGCAAUGUCACCGACGUCAGAGGAUACUGAAGCGGAAAGCUCCCGGACGUUAGCGGGGGAACUCGAGUCCGUGUCACAGAACUCGGAUCAGACUGUGCCUGUGGCUCAUUCUCCGCUGUCCUCCCACACAGAGACCAAACAUGCACCGUGUGCACCAGACAUGGACACCUCAUCAUCAUCAACAGUGGAUGCUAGCUGUGUAUCCUCUGACAGUGAUGCAGAUGGGAUCAAACAGGAGGACUGUGGAUCAUCUGAAAGCACCGGUGCUUCCUCCAGUGUGCCUGUCAUCCUACAAAUCCAGCCCAUACAGAUCAAACAAGAACCAAACCCAAGUGCCAUAUCAGAUGCUGCAAGCCAGCAGCCCCAGAAAGCCACAUCCCAAUCAACCCAGGCCCCGUCAGACAUCAAAAUCGCCCAGCUCUUGGUUAACAUCCAGGGGCAAACAUUUGCCUUGGUGCCUCAGCUGCUGUCCCCAGCCAACCUUGCCAGCAAAACCGGAGGUGUCGCUUCAUCCAAAUUCGUUCGGAUAGCACCGGUGCCCAUUGCAGCUAAACCAACCGGGCUCGGGGAAGGUGGUUUAGGCGGAGGUUCGGCUGCGGGGGUCCUCGCCGGGGGCCAGAGGUACCAGAAGAGCGCGGUAGCAGACCUUAUUAAAAUGCACAAGUGCUCUUUUCCCGGCUGCAAUAAAAUGUACACCAAGAGCAGCCAUCUUAAAGCCCAUCUGAGGAGACACACGGGGGAGAAGCCCUUCGCCUGCACAUGGCCCGGCUGUGGAUGGAGGUUCUCCCGGUCCGACGAGCUGUCCCGACACCGGCGCUCCCACUCCGGAGUGAAACCGUACCAGUGCAUCGUCUGCGAGAAGAAGUUCGCCCGCAGUGAUCACCUGUCGAAACACCUCAAAGUCCACCGCUUUCCACGAAGCAGCAGGACGGCGCGCUCUGCAAACGGACCCCUCUGACCCCGCUCUGACAGACUGACGCUAAACGGAGGGGACGGGAGGAGGAGGGGUGUAUGUGUGUGUGACGUGAAGACAGAGGAGGAGGGUGACGGGGUGGCGGGGCGACCGUCCAAACACCCUUUAAAGGACUCCGCGUUGCCCGUCUCUGUUUAUGUCCAACUGUGUGCGCGUGACGUACAAUCCUGGUACUGUGAUAAUUUAUUGGGUGACGAGGAAAAAGACUGUAAAAAACUGAAACAGAAAACUGUUACUUGACACAGCACCCUCACAGGUGAAAUAAGCUUCUUGUAUAUUACAACUUUAUUCUCAAAUCUUUUAGCUAAUUUGAAGAAAGAUUUGUUAUCCAGAGUAUUUUUUACACUUUGUGUGUUUAUUGCUCAUGUUCCAGUCAAAGGCCUUAUAUCAGUAGAGGUUCUAACACUGGGGGGUAUUCUACUUUUUUUUUUUUUUAAAACCUCCAUUUUUUUUUUCAGCUUUCCUGGAGCCAAAUGUUGUUUAAAGUUUAAUUAUUUGCAAAAAAAAAAAAAAAGCAAAAAAAAACAAAACAAAAAACUCAUUGCUUAAUGGCUUGAAUUGAAUGUGUUCCCGAGCAACGAGAGCUCACCGGACGAUGUAUUAGCAAGCAGUGAGGACUGUUGGGGCCUUCAGCAUUCCUUCUAGCUGUGAAUAGGUUUCUUGGUUGCCUCCGAGUCGCGCUACAGGGACGAGGCUCAAGUCCAUGUUGAAUUACUGCUCACCAACAAAGAUCAGGGCACCAUGUAAUUUGCACUGGCACACAAAAUAUUUGGUCGUCUGCCCAUUCUAGGAAGUUUGAGAGCUUUGCGUAGUUGUCCUGCGGUCGGGAUUUAAGUCUUCAAGGAUUCGAGUCUGUUUAUCAGAAUAAUUGUUGUUUUUGUGGCCUUUGUUGCACCCAGCAAUGAUGCAGAAAGUAUAUUUCAAGCUAAGGUAAAAAAAAAAAACUUGCCAUGCACCACAACCUCUGUUUUAUGGUUUCUUUUUUUUAUUAUUAUUACUUUUUGCAACUUCACGUCGUUGCUGACGAACCAUCUGAGGCAGCGAUCUUGCAAAGAAGGGCUCAAGUAUCAAUGUGAACUAUUUUGUCAUGUCUUGCCAUAUUUUUUUCCCCCACAUAUCAAUUGAAAUGAUUUACAUAUCAAAUCGUCGUGUUUUAAAUGUUUUUAAACCGGUUAAACCUUCAAAAUAAAAGCAUUAACUGUGGGACUGUGUAACCUUUGACUGAUUCAAAAGUUAACACAAACUCACUUUACAGGUAGGAAGAUGUUGUACUUUGAACCAGUAUUUUUCCUGGCUUCCGUCCACCAAUCAGAUGCCAACAUAUGAAAUUAAACUGCAAUUUAUGUCCUUUUAGGAGAGGAUUUUGGAAGCCCUUUACAACAUCUCAUAACUUUAUUUGGUUUUACCCUAAUGUGACUUUAUUAGGGGUUAAUAGAGCAUUAGAAAGCAUCCACAAAGCAUCACCUGUCAUGAAAUAAAAAGUCUUGUGCUGCAUGGGGUCGUUGCUGGUAAAUAAAAUUUCACAUCACAUCUACCUGCAGAAAUUGUUCUACUCAGUUGAAGUGAGCCAAAUCAGUCGUGGCAGGGACAGCAGAUGCUGCACAGCUGCUGAGUUCAGGGGCAGACUCCUGUCCUGUAAAGUUGGGAUUCAGUAGGCAACAAUGUCAAGUAUAUAGAUGGAUUUAAAAAGAUGAAUAAAUAACAAAGAGGACGGUUAAGAGAUUGAAUUCAGUUGGUUUUGGAGGUUCUGAUUUCUAAUUUCCCGUGACCUGUGAUGAUUGAGAAACCUAUGCGAGUGUUUUUUGGUGCACAGCCCCUGACGCUGUAUGGAGGAAGUGUAUUCACUCUUGUCAGGCAUUCCUUCCAUGCAAAUCAGAAGAAUCGCUUUUCUGAAUAUGUGUCAUACAUGAUCCCAUGAAUGUAUGUAAAUACUGUAAAUGCAUCUGAAAGGAGAACUGGAAUAUUCUUCAAGUGAUUUCUGUGAUUGUAUAAGAUUUAAAAAACAAUGUAAAGAAAGUGUACAUAACGUGAUAAUUCAAAUAUAUAGUGUAAAAAAAUAUGGAAACACGCACACACAUAUAUAUGUGUGUGUGUGUGUGUGUGUGUGUGUGUGUUGUCAGGUGUUUACCAAACACAUAAUUAAAUAGGAUGAAGUGAAACGUUUCAUGAUGCAUUGAUGGGAAAAGUAUUUGCGCUGGUUGGACUGGUGCAAAGAGCAGUGUAGCAUAAUGUGUCACGAAGCUCACAGGAAGUCAUUUAUAAAUGUGUUCUGUAAGCACUUUACGCAGAAAGAGUUGCUAAAAAUGUUAUAUUUUUGCUUUUGUUCUACUAUGUAAAACACAUUUACAAUAAACAAAUGCCAAAACUAAA